AUGAACGCGCGGGACAGUUGUCAUGCUCUCAAGGCUAUAUAUUUGGCGGUGUAUCAACUUGACUUUAUUGCUCAUAAGCCCCACCCCACUUUCAUUCUGUGGAUCGUUACCUCCGCAACCGACAUGGGAGUCAUCCUUCCUUCAGAACCGAGCGCGGCAAUGCUCAAUCUCUCCGCCCUCGUCUACCUACUCGGGCUCACAAUCAUCUCAUGGUGUAUAGCGCAUACAACUCAAAAAUACCCGAUAUGGCGGAGAGAAUCCUGGAACAAUAUGCCAUGGCCACGGUUAUGCCUGUUGUUACUGUUUCUUGACUCGUGGUUGUACCUCUUCAGCACUGGUCUUCUACUGCAUGGAGCACCACCUGAACACAACGUAGACAGGUGCUCAAUCGGCAUGCUUGCAUGCAUUCUGCUUUACGGUGCCAGCAAGGGUCUGAUAUACCUUUGCAUGAUCGAAAGGGUACAUGUCGUUUGGAGUGAUGGGAUGCCAAGAUGGCGUUCGCCCAUCUACCGAUUUUGUUUUGCACUUCUACUACCGCUUGGCGUGAUUGCAGGGGUUAUGAUCCUUCAAAAGACUGCCUUUGUGUAUAACGGAUAUUGUAUUCUGGGCAUCAGCCGAUUUUCUUCGCUCCUUCUGCUUUCUUAUGAUUUUUGUACAAAUAUAUUCCUGACUUUGAUGUUCGUUGGACCCCUUAUACGAUCAAGCAUCCGGAGCACUUGGUUGCGUGCUAUCGCCGUCAGAACUACGGUUGCCGCAUUCAUAGCCCUCAUCAGUUCCGGCACCAACGUUUUGGUGUUAUAUGUUUUAGAUGGCAAAGAGAUGAUCUGGGUAUGCUUGGGAGCAUGCGGAAUUGAUGUGAUUGUCAACUGUAUCGCCUUAUUUUGGGCUAUGACUGGUCCAGGUGCAUCUCAGCCUGCACACAAUCAAUCCCUUCGUUUCCCACCCUCUCCUAUGGGUCACAAUCCAUGGCUCAACAACUGCAAUAAUUGCGGUGCCUCCGAGAUGAAAUCUUUUAACCGAAAGUCAAUAGGUUACCCAACAACCUUUACGCAUGAAUAUCCUCAUCCACCCGAAGACUUUCUAUCUCAAGGCAUGACCGUUGUGUCUUCGGUGUGCAUACCAGCGAUCGAGGAGCCUGAGCCCGCUCUUCGCAGUCCACGCCACAUAACCCAAUUUGGACUCCACCCUUGGGAAAGUCGAUCUUCUUUCCCUCCUGUUGAGCCAUCCGGUAAUCCACAGCGAACAGCUCCAUCGCUAAGAGGGGAGUUGGUCCAAGAAAACGCUAAAGAUGCCGAAAUAUAUGGUUCAGAGUUUGACAGAAUAAACCGCACCACACCAGUCGUGAACAGUGUCGUAUAUGUGCCAGGGGUCCAGCUGGCGCUUCGAUCCACCACCCGCUUGCCGCUGCAAUACUCCACUAGAGCGCCCUAUACGACGGCGCACCUUGCUAAAAAUAUUGGUAUUAUAGAAUCAGAAAUUAUGACUGUCACGAUUCAAACGACACCAAUCAUAACGCUUCAAAAUGUCAGCACAGAAGGCGAGGAAGCCUGGGCGAUAGAGUCGGAUGAGACUCCUCGGCGAGUGGUGUCGCUGUCGCUUAUUCACAACGAGCAAACAGCCGCUACGUUUCCUACCAUCGCCAAACGUUCUUCAUAUCUCCAAACCCCACGUGUAGUAUUCUUUAUUGGGAAGCACUUUGGCACAGGGGUCAUACUUGCGACAGCUUUUAUUCACCUUCUCAAGGAUGCAUUCGAGAACAUGUCCAAAGCGCAUGUCAACUCCCGCUGGGGUAAAUAUGAGAGUUGGCCGGGGCCUCUCCCUUGGCGUUCGAAUCUCUUCUCUGCGUCCAACCUUGUUUACUCCCCAUCACUCGGCGACGAACGGAACCGAGGCGUCCCCGCUCUUACCAUCAUCGUCCCACAGAUCGAAAGCCCAUGCCCACUCCUUCCAACUCUUCCGAUACUCCUGGCCGGCUUAUUCGCAUUAGCCACGCCCGCUGGAAUGCUAGUUGGAAUCCUCCUACGUACCGCUCCCCGGGAUGCGUACCUCGUGCGAGGGCUGGCGAGCGCGGUAUCGGCGGGUCUAUUGAUUUAUGCUUCGUGUGUCGAGCUCCUCGCGGGUGACUUUGUUGCUGAGCCGAAAAUGCGCAAAGCCGGGCUCAAGAGGCAAGCCGCUGCCCUGGGGAGUUUACUGGCUGGAGCGGCUGGUAUGGCAAUCAUCGGAAUUUGGUCUUGA